GUUUGGGGCUGGCUUGGUGACGCAGUAGUACUGGUCUGGAGGGAGCAGUUGGAACACUUGUGGCUUUGCUGCUCUCUCUCUCUUCCCCCUACUGCAGGAGGGCAAUGACAGUGUGAGACUGGACAGCUACAGCAGGGCUUCUUCUUUCGCUGGCCACUCAGAGCCAGUCUCCACUGAGGCAGGACUUUGAGGAGAGGAGCCACGGAUGCCGGGAGGCCUGGGAAUAAGGCCUACAUCCCAAUGCCUCUGCGAGGUUUGUGUUGGCUCCUUUGCUGCCGACAAGGUUUCCGUUUGCUGGGCCGGGAUUAUGGUGAAGCUGAUAAAGCAGAAGAGCUUGUGGAACUGCAGAGGGAACAAGUCAGGACGGUUUCUUCAGAUCAGAGUCUAAUUGGUGUGGAGGUCCCCGAGGUUCACCACAGACCAGAAGCUCCAGAGGAAAUGAGAAGUCUAAUCAUCCAAGAAGUGAAAAGAGAAACAAUAGUUGUCGAAGGGAACAUCAUCAUCCAAGGUUGGCUCUUCCUGGAGCUGCCAACCAACAUGAAGAUGCCUUGGCCAAGUAUUUGGAAACGUUGGUUUGUGCUUACACAGGACUCAUUGGAUUACUACACCAGCAGUGCAAUUAAUGCCAAGCGACUUGGCUCAAUGGUCCUGACCAGCCUGUGUUCUAUCCAAGGAGAUGAUGGGAGCUGCUUCAGAGGAACAGGAUACUGGAACCUCACAGUCUAUGGACGGAAACAUCACUACCAACUGUACACCAAAAGGUUGAGUGAGUGUAUCCAAUGGACCCGCGCCAUUCAGAGCGUCAUUGAUCGUAAAGCUCCUGUUGAGACACCGACUUUGCUUCUGAUCAAAGACAUUGAGGAGAAUUUGUCCAAUGCUGAAACUGUGGAACAUAUUUACAAAUGGAAUCCUAUUCUGCAGCACAGCCAGAAACCACUGUAUGCCCCCCUCCUUCCAUUCCCCUAUGGAGCUGUCAGCCACUGCUUCAAGAGUACCAAAGGUUACACAACUCUUCAGGAUGAAGCUCUCAAGGUCUUCAAUUCAUUGCAGCAACUUGAGACCGAACGAGAUCCAAUCCCACUCAUCCAGGGUAUCCUGCAGACUGGCCUUGACCUGGAGUCUCUCCGCGAUGAGAUGUACUGCCAACUGAUUAAACAGACCAAAAAUCCUCCACGUGUAGGAGACAUCAGUGACCUGCGGAACUGGCAACUGCUCACCUGCAUGAGCAUCACGUUCCUGCCCAGCAGCACUGUCCUCAACUACCUGAGGUUUCACAUCCAACGAUCACGACAGCAGUUCCCAGGGACUGAAAUAGAAUGGUAUGCAGAAUUCAUCACACGUUCACUGACGAAAACCAAGGGCAGGUUAUGUGUACCAUCCUCCCAGGAGAUUGGGCUCUUGAUGCAGCAGCAACAAAUGAAGUGUACCGUCCACUAUGCAGGCUCCAGGUUCUGCAAGGUCACCAUCAACUCACACACCACAGCAGGGGAGGUUGUGAAGACUUUACUUGUGAGACUCAACCUACAGAAUAGUCGUAAUCGGUUUGCUCUCUUCGAACGGAAUGUAAGUGAUGAUCAGUUUGUGGACGAUGACACAAUUGUGGCAGACAUCAUAACCAGGUUUGAAAAAUUCUCUGCUAGUGUGGCUGAGCCAGCGCCUCAGUGCAGACUGUGUUUCAAGCUGUACUGUUUCCUGGAUCCAGACCACAGCCCACAGAACAAUGUAGAACUCAGCCUUCUCUUCGAACAGGCCCAUGAGAUGGUGAUGAAAGGCUGGCUCCCUGCCCCCGAGGAAACGCUGCACACUCUGGCCGCCCUGAGGUUACAGUUUAUAUUUCAGGAUUUCACCACCCAUGUGCCGCUGCCCAAACUUCAAGAACUGUUUCCUGUGUGUGCUCUCCACACAAGACUCAAGCAGUCAGUGAAGCUAUUGCCUUCCACAAAUAAGAAGGGGCGGAGUCACUUGCUGCCAGGAACAUUGGCAAGGAGCCUCUGGGGAAACACGUGUCACAAACAAAGACUGGAGGAGGAGCAGCUGCUGAAAGUGCAGCUCAAAGAAGAGACAGCAGCCUCAAUGUCCACCAUCACUGAACAGUGGAAACGGCUUCAGGGCAUGAGCCAAGUGGAGGCAAUGACAACAUACCUCAACGUCCUGAAGGAAUGGGGAGGAUAUGGAGCCACACUGUUUGAAGUGCAGGUAUUUACGAGUUCUGCAGGGAGCACGGCUGAGACGCGGUGGCUGGCAAUCGGAGCAAGGGCUGUUUCUCUCUACAAGCAGGGAGAUACUGAAUCCGUGGAGAGUUUUGAUUACCAGCAGAUUUCAUCAUUUGAGGCAACAGAUAAGAAAACGUUCAAAAUUACUGUAAACAAAAGGGACGUGUUGCUCAAAUCCUGCAAGGUCCAAGAGAUUGCUCAGCUAAUGAAGGUCUACAGCACCAACCACGUUAGAACACGAACCCGAGCUGGCGGCCAUCCAACAAAACCCAAAGCAACCGGAGUCUUGCUCAACAUUCCCCAACAGGGUUUUAGCACAGAGCAGAGUUUUACCUUGGGAGGCAUGUGACAUGAAAGUACAAUGGGAGAGCCAUUUUUGGCAAUGGUCCCAGUUCGUUUUACUACUGCAUCAGUGGGCCUCAGCGCAUCCAUGUUAAUGCAGAAAGCAAACCUCACCUUAUUGUGCCUUAUAUUCUUCCCAACCACUUCCGAAUGAGUUGCUGAAGAAGGGAAUGGUCCCUUUUAGGGAAAUCCAAUGAAACACAAGUCGGUACAAGGUGUCCUCUAGGUCUCUACAGUCUAUAUUGCAUUGUGCUCAUGCUUAAGGUUCAGGUGAUUCAUACUGAAGAUCCAACAUAGAGCAUAAUUUUUGAAAUGUUUUUUCAAUUCUUGAAAAUACUAAGUCACAGAGUGGGGAUGCCCUCAGCUAUUUGAUUACCAUGAACACAGAAAUUGGAGAAACAGCAUUUCCUCAAAGACUGAGCAGUGGGAAAAGAAAUAGCACUAUACCACAAUCAAUGCAAAUGAGAAGAUAUUGUGGAGAGAUGCCCCUUAGCAUCUGGUAUCUCAGCAGCAGAACAAAAUCUGUAAACUCUACAAGUUACCAGCUCCCAAUCUUUACAAAGUAGUUAAUAGAGAUAUAAAGAAGUCACUCAUUCUGGACAAGGUGAUGUGUUAAAAGCAAACAGAACUGAAGCCAGAAUGUCACAACCUCGUGCCCACCAGAAAUCAGGAAAAAAUUGGGAAUGUCAUAUUUCCCUCCUUUUAUGAGUUCUAUUCUUCCCAACAUGAAGUAUUGUAACCCAGCACUAAAAUUACUGCCACAACAUGAAUAACAGGUGAAGACCUCGAGGACCAGUAGUGACAGAGAGCUGAGUCAAUCUGAAACUUGUUUUAUUGUUUGAUUUGGCGCAGGCUGAACAAUCUACGUAAAAUAACGUGUAGGAAAUUCUCUGGAAGCAGUGGGUAACAGAUUGCACUAAUUUACACAAGUCUGAAACUGCUGUAAAACAGCAUCAACACUAGAGUUCUAAGCCCCAUUGUUUAAAGCUGCUGGCAGCUUUAGUUUUACAGGGGACAACCCUUCCCUCAUAUUGUAAACCUGCUUCAUAAUAGAAAAGCAUUUUUAAAAUUUAAUUCGCUACAUUUCCUUUCUCUUCCAAUGUACAUUCACUGCACUACAUUGUACAGUUGAAUAUGUGUGCAAUAUGUAAAGGCUUUCCAGAUUAAAACAACUUACUGUAUUACCAGAAAGUUACCUGCAUCAGAUUUAUUGGCUUUGUCACAUAUAUCAGUAGUUAAUCUUCAAGCCCCAGUCAGAUCCACAUCCACAUCAAGCCCAGUGCCAUAUCAUUGGCAUACAGCACAGAAACAGGCCCUUUGGCCCACCCUGGACAUGCCUAUCCAUCUAUACUAAUCCCAUUUGCCAGCACGGUCCUUAGCCUUCUAUGCCUUGGCGAUUCACGUUAUUUGUCCAGAUACUUAACAGUGGUAAGGGUCUCUGUCUCUCCUACCUGUUCAGGCAGCUCAGUUCAAACUCCAACCACCCUCUGGGUGGAAUAAAAAUUCUUCCUUAUAUCCCCUCCUAUUCUUAUCUUAUACCUUUGCCCUCUGGUUAUAGAUACCUCGCCAGGGGAGAGGUUUACUACUGCCCACCCUAUACCCCUCAAUUUUGUACACAUCAAGACCCCCUCAGCCCUCUCUGCUCCACAGAAAACAAACACAGCCUCUCCAGUCUCUCCUCAUAGUUGAGACACACCAUCCCAGGCAACAUCCUGGUGGAGACACAAUAGACUGCAGAUGCUCGAAUCUGGUGCAAAAAUCAAACACAGCGGGUCGAGCAGCAUCUGUGGAGGGAAAAGAAUUGUUAAUGUUUCGGGUCAAGACCCUGCAUCAGGACUGAGUGGAAGAGGAAGGUAGCCAGUAUAAAGAGGAAGGGGAGGGGUGAGAUGGAGGCUGGUAGGUGAUAGUUGGACCCAGGAGGGGUGAGGGAUGAUGAGCAGAUGAAGCCAGGUAGGAAGAGGGUGAAGGUGAAGUUGGUAAGUGCCAACUGCUCCCAUGGCUUCAGAAGAUUUGCCCCCAGAUGAGUAACUCAAAUGCUCAUUGCCUACUAACCAAUUCCAUCUAC